AUGUAUCUGCUUAGAUCAGGAGAGGUGUCUGGUGCAGUCAAGUUGCUGACUCAGGAGCUUGAUGACACAGCACCUGCUACAUCAAGACAUAACUCAUCUGGUGUUGGUGGCUCUUCUAACCCAUCCUCUCAGACUCCUAUACAAUCUAGUCCAAAUUCGCAAUAUUCAGAUUUUGCCAACCCUCGUGGAUUAGAUGCUAUCAACCUCAAUGAUGAUGAUAUUGAAGAUCGGAGGCAAGAUAGUAUUCAACACUGGCAUUGGAAAGAGGAUGAGAUGCUGAUCAGUGCAUGGUUAAAUGUUUCAACUGACCCUAUAAUUGGUACCGAUCAAAAGAGGGAAAUAUUUUGGAGUCGAAUUCAUAGCUACUGUAUCAACAAGGCUGUUGCACAAUUUGCUGGUUGCUACGAUCAAGCUAGUCGAAACAUAAGGAGUGGUUCGAACGCUGAUGAUAUAAAGGAGUUGGCUUAUAAACUUUAUUCCACAAAUUAUGGUAAAAAAUUCACUUUUGAGAGGCAUUGGAACAUGCUUCGGUUGGAGCAAAAAUGGAGAAGCCAACUACCUACACAGAGUGGCGGCUCAAAGAGAACCAAGGUUAGUGCAACUGGAGCAUACUCAUCCUCAUCAAACCCAGAAACACCAUUGGCUGAUGAACCCGGUGUGGACUCUCCCGUUUGCCCACAAGGAUCAAAGAAGAGCAAGCGAAAAGGUAACGGAAAAGCACAAAUGUCUGAAGAUUUUAGCGAAAGAAAAUCAUCGGUUGUCAAAAAAUUAUCUCUCAUGGAAGAUUUUAAGAAUGUUAGAGAAAGAGAACUAAUGGAUAGGGAAAAAGAAAGAGAAGAGGAAAAGGAACAUAGAGCAAAGAUUAUGGCAAUCAAAGAGAAGGAGUUACAAAUUCAAGCGGCAAUAAAAGAACAAGAAUUACAAACUCAGAGGUAUAUUAAAGAAAUGGAGAUAAAAGCAAAAGAAAUGGAGAUGGAAAGGAUGGCCAAGGAAAGGGAAAGGGAGAUGGAUAUGCAAAUACUUAAUGCUGACACGUCUACAAUGAGUGAAAAACGACGAGCUCUUCAUGAGAUUGCAUGUGAGAAAAUAAUCGCCAAGUGGUUUACUUAA